AUGCGCCUUUACGUUUGAUCCGCAAAAGCUCCUAAGCUGUGGAGAAAAAUUUGUACAGAAACGUCAAUAGAAGCCUCACUUGUUGCAGAGAAUUGGAAGCCUCUUCUUGCUGGAAUAGUUUUCCAGUAUGUACAUGGGCUAGCUGCACAUGGAAUUCAUUACCUACAUAGGCCAGGGCCAACGCUUCAAGAUACGGGUUUUUCUAUUCUUCCAGAACUUGGUCAGGAUAAAGCUUAUAUAAGUGAGACCUGGUUCACUUUCAUAUUUGGUUCUUUUGUGUUGUGGACUCUUCACCCUUUCAUUUUUCAGCACAAAAAAAUCUAUACAGCUCUAAUCUGGUGCAGGGUUCUUGCUUAUUUAGUGGCUUGUCAGACUCUCCGGAUAAUUACAUUCUAUUCAACUCAUCUACCUGGUCCAAAUUAUCACUGCCGCGAGGGCUCAAAAUUUGCCAGGCUGCCCCCUCCAGAGAGGGCAAUUGAAUUGCUCACAAUCAACUUUUCUCGAGGGGUUAAUUAUGGCUGUGGUGAUUUGAUUUUUUCAUCGCACAUGAUCUUUACCAUAGUGUUUGUGCGGACAUAUCAUAAGUACGGCACAAGGAGGUGCAUAAAACAAAUUGCCUGGUUAGUUGCUGUGAUUCAGAGCCUUCUUAUUUUAGCAUCUCGCAAACAUUACUCAGUUGAUGUUGUUGUUGCAUGGUAUACUGUAACUUUGGUUGCAUUCUUUAUAGACAAGAAACUUCCGGCAUUGCCUGACCGAUCCACUGGACUUGCAUCUCUACUACUGCUACCUGUGAGUAGAGAUAAGGAUAACAAGAGCAUGGAAGAUCAUCACAAAUCACUAAAUGGAGUUUCUGUUGAGAUUGCAAAUAGAGUCUCGAAUGAUUAACGAAGGCUUCCAAUCAUCUUAGUUUCACCUCCAGCUUCUUCCCUUUUGGCACUUUGAAGUUAUCAAACAUGCCUGCAGAAUUACAGAACAUAAAAAUGGAUUACAAGCUUAGGAACAUAAUCAAUGUUAAUUGUACAUAGGCAUCAGCAAAUGCUGAAGAUAGCUCUGCUGAUAUUACUGCUUUGAUUGUGUGCCUAAAUUUUUCUGUUUGAACCAAUGCAUAAGAAAAUUUCUGUAUUUAAGGUGGAAUCAAUUCUUUUCUAACAUA